GACCAGGAAGUAGACUCUCUCAGGAGACUGGAGCAGACGGUCUCUUUCGGGGACUAAAUAAAACCCCUUCCCGCGAACAUGACUUCUUUUAAGUGUCAGAUAUUUGUAGCAGCGAGCUUCCUGUAAGAUAUCCAACCUGAGUCCAGCAUGUCUGAGUCCAUCAGAGCCAGCUCAGCUCCGGGUUCAACGAGGACGGAGCAGGACCAGGACGGCACAGUGGUGGAACUGAACUGUCAAGUCCCAGCAGAGGGCAAAAAGACGCCACUUCCUCCUGUCAACGCCCAGAUCAUCCCAGAUGAACUCAUGGUCAGCCUCUCCUCCACUGUCUGUAACAAGAUUACACUGGGGCACACUGCUCACCAUCGACACUGCAAGGGCUGUGGAAUCAGGCGGCCGGAUGCAGUCUGGCAUCAUCCUCUGGGGCGCAAGAAGUACAAGUACUUUCUUGAGCAGCCCACAUCUGUGACUGGAGCCGGCAGGGACAUUUCCUUCCUGUGUGAUGCUGUCAUAACCCCAAAAAAGUUGACACCCCUCCCACCAGUGACUGACAAGAGCAGGAUUGGAGACACACAGAACAUGAGCAUCUCUGAAAGUCUGAUCCCAGAGGAGUAUCACAUUGUGAAAAACAAAGGACUGAGGAACCUUGAGCUUUAUGAAGAUGCGUUCACAGUGCAGCUUCAGGAUGAUGAGCAGAGGCUUCGGGUCUUCCCUUCACUCAAACCGAGCAGCAGACUGGAGGUGGUUCAGCUGAUGAGGAUGAUGGACGACAUGCUGGAGAAGGCCGGAGUGGAUCAGCAAAGUGAGGAGCUGAAUGAUGUCUCCCAGAUGGAGCAGCUGUUGGAGCUGGUGCAGGUUGAGCAGAAUAUCUACAACGUUGUUUUCCAUGAGCUGAUCCGGCAGGUCAGCGUGAGCUGCUUGGAGAGAGGAGAACUUCUCGCCAAGCUCAGACAGCGCUACCAGUCCCUGUUUGAGAGAAUCCCGCAGUGUCUGAAGGCUCUGCACACUGAGGCAGUGGCACAGCGAGCUCUUGACCGCCGGCUAACUGAAGAGAUCCUCCACAUCAAGAUAUCCAUGCAGGAACUCAGCGUGGAGUUGUCCAAAAUUGGAGAACAUGACGCCUUCGUGUCCCAGCAGGCAGAGCUUGCUCACCGGCAGCUGGCUGGAGCCAUCGAUCAGACUAACACCAGCGCAGACAUGGUCCAGGGCUACCAUGAGCUGUACGAACUGCAGAGAGGUCGUCUGGAGGCUCAGCUGCUUCAGAUGACGGAGGAGAGGGACUACUGGAGCCAGCUCACCUUCUGCCUCGCCCUGAAGGUGAUCAGUAUGAAGAAGCUACAGCUGGUCAGUCAGCUUCACAUCAGCGAGCAGAGCUGGUCAAAGACGGCAAAGCACUGCAGCAUCUAUCUGACCUCAAAGGACACAGAGGACCUGGACACCAUCAUGAAGCUAUCGGACUACUGGACAGAGCAGAUGACUGCUUUCAUGGCCGAACUGAAGAAGACUGAGCAUGCUCAGUGUGAACAAAUCACUGCCAUCCGGCGAGGCAUCGACAAGUGGCUCACCUUUUGCACGACAAAGAACAAGAGUCCGAAUCCAAAAUAUGAGAAAUCUUCAAUGGAAAAGAUUCUCACUGACAUAAAGAAGUGGUCAUAUAUGCUGACCCUCCUGUGUGAAUGCUACCAAGGUGAGAAGCUUCUCUGCAGCCAGCAGACUCUCAACCAGCUCACCAGCGUCCAGGAAAGAUGGCUGAACAUGAGCCUCGAGCUGUUCAGGAGACAUCCAUCUCCUGACGGCGAGGCUCCUGAAGGCCAGCAGGCCCUGAGAGAGCUUGACAAGGACUUAUCUGAGCUCCUCAAACAGCUGGACACACAGGUCACUGGAGAGACUGGGAUCCAUGCACAGAUCAGGUCACUUUCUAGACUCAUGGAGUCAUGGGUCGCAAAACUGGAUGCAAUGACUGGUCGCGCAGAAAUAAUGUCUGCUUCUGAUUGGCUGAAAUUCCAAAGGGCUCUGCACGACUGGCAGAGUUUGGCUGAAGACGCCUUGAAGAACUUCCCCAGCUCACAGUCAGUGGAUGAAAGCGACAAAGACAAAGAUAAACCCAACAUACAUGAAGAGACAGAAACCAUAUCAGUCAAAGCUCAGGAGUUUAUUACCAACCUGUCCAGUUUUGCUGAUGAGGAGAACCAGAGACUCAGCGAGGAGGUCACCUCAGUUCACUUGGCUCAGACCCGCUGGAUGUUGGAUCUUUUGCUCGUCAUGGUACCAGACCACAGCGAGGACCAGAACCAAGUACUGGAACAGCUCAACAGGAUGAACAUCUCCGUGCAAACACUGGAUGAGGAUGCCAAGAUGCUAGCUGAGAGACUGGACAGUUUUUCCAAAUACAUCUCCAGCUCCUGCAAGCUGAUUGUGGAGGAGCAGAUUCAGCAGAACCCACAUGAAGCUGUGGGCGAGAAUGAGAUGAAUGAAUGCACAAAGCUACAGAGGGAGUGCACUGAUUGGAUGGAGACUUCUAAAAUCCUGCUUUUAGGAGUGAAAGGUGGUUCUAUAGAGCUGUCCGUCAAACAGGCUGACCCCGCCUCCACCGCUGAUGCCAUCGUCUCCACAUCAGACAACUCAAGGACUUUGUGUUUACAGAUGAACACAGAGUCUCCAGCAGAGCCUUCAGCAAACACUGAGACCAAACAGGAGCCUGAGGCAGAACAGAAAGAGGGGGAGCUCUCGGUUCGUGAAAGCCCUGUGGUGAAGAUGAUCGGCUACGAUGGACACAUAACAGGGAGGAAGCUGGGACAGAGCAGUGUCCACCUGAACGGGACAGAGGAGCUGGUUGUCUCUCCAGCAACAGAUGAUGCCCAGAGAGCUUUCAGUGAUCUGACCACAGUGGGAUUACUGCAGCAGGACCUGUAUGAUUCAGAGCUGCGAGUCCAGAGCACGGAGCAGCGAGCCCUGAAGGCAGAGGAAGCCCUGCAGGCUGCGUUAGAGAAGAUCCAGGACCUGGAGAGACAACUGCAGGGUCGUCCCAGUCUGGAGCCUGAACUUAAUGAAGAGACAAAGGAAACUCCUCCGCCUUCUUCAUCGCCAGCGACGCCCCCAGCUCCUCUGAAGAAAAGCACAGCUGAAGCCAAACCAUCAGGCAGCAGCAAGAGGACUAAGAAACGCUGAUUUGACACGUGACUGGGACAAGUCAGAACUUAGUAUGCAUGUAAAGACUGUCCACAGAGCUGGGGGAUUUAUUCCUAGAUAUAAAUGUGUGUUUUAUUUAUUUUCUCUGUAAUAAUAAGUUGAGAGGGGACUCUUUAUCUGUGAUCUAACUGAGUCACAUCAAUAAAAACAGUGAAGAAAAGCUA